AUGGCAAUGGCAAUGAGAAUGGGAGGGGGGACGUGGGGAACAGUUGCAGAGCUUAAACGAGUAAUUGCAAAACAGGACACACUGCAGAGUGAAACCAAGGUAGGUGCGGGCAGGUGGGGGCACUCACAGUGCUGCACCCCGAGUGCAGCCACUUGCCAGAAUGUCCUGGACCUAGUGUUGCGCAUGGACCUGCGCAGCGAGGCCUCCUUCUAGCUAACCAAGGAGGUCGUGCUGGCCUGCCUGCUGGACUUCCGGCCCUCUGGUGUGGGCCGGGCCAAGAUCACGCCACUCACGCUCAAGGAGGCAUACAUGCAGAAGCUGGUGAAGUGCACAGACGCGGACCGCUGGAGCCUCAUCUCACUGUCCAACAACAGUGGCGAGAACGUGGAGCUCAAAUUUGUGGACUCAGUCAGGCGCCGGUUCGAGUUCAGCAUAGACUCCUUCCAGAUCAUCCUGGACUCCCUGCUGCUCUUUGGCCAGUGCUCAUCCACGCCCACGUCUGACACCUUCCAUCCAACUGUGACAGGUGAGAGCCUGUACGGGGACUUCAAUGAAGCCCUGGAGCACCUGCGGCACAGAGUCAUCGCCACACUCAACCCCGAAGAGAUCCGUGGCAGUGGCCUCCUCAAGCACUGCCACCUCCUGAUACGUGGCUUCCGACCACAGCCCAGCACUGAUGUGUGUGCCCUGCAAUGCUACAUGUGCUUCCGCUUCUUCAUCAACUUCCCAGACCUGGUGGAGCAGCCGUGCAUGCUGGAGCGCUACCUGGAGGCCCACUUCAGCGGGGCUGACUCAGCUCGCUGCUACGCCUGCCUGGUGACAUUGCACCAGGUGGUCAAUGAGAGCACUGUGUGCUUCAUGAACCAUGAGCGCUGCGGGACGCUGGACCUCAUUGCCACCAUGGGGCUCCGGGCGCUGGCUGAGCAGGGCCCGGCUGCUCCUGCUGCCCUGGCCUGGCGCCCGCCAGGCCCCGAUGGGGCUGUGCCUGCUACUAUCAACUACUAUGUGACCCCUGUGCAGCCUCUGCUGGCCCGGGCCCACUCCUGCUCUCCCACCUGGCUGCCAUGUAACUGA